GAGAACCUGACGCUGGACAUGCUCUCCGACUCUGCUAUUCCUGGGGAGAAGCCCAACUACCCGUACCCGACGCUGAUCAAGGCGGCUAUUCUGGGGAGCCCGCGCAAGGCGCUGACGCUGCAGGGGAUAUACAAGGCUCUCGAGGAUAGGUUCGAAUGGUUCAGGAGUAACAGGAACGAUAAGGCUUGGCAGAACUCGAUCCGGCAUAACCUCUCUCUGAACAAGAUGUUCCGCAGGCUGGCGAAACCGAUCACUGAACCGGGCAAGGGCAGCUACUGGACGGUAGAC